AUGUCAGAAGUGAUAAAAGACUCUGCAAUUAAGCUGUUUGGGAAGACUAUAUCAGUUCCACAUGAUAAAGGUCUUGCCUCAACAUGUCAUCUUCAACAUCAGCGAAGCUUAAGUUCCUCAAUAGCAUCAACUUCAAGUCAAAAUAUUAAGAGUGAUUCAGAAGGAGAAUUAACCGGGACAAAAGAUGAAGAUGCUGCCUCCAAACCAGCUGCAGAAACGCCAAUAGAGCCAGCAACAUCAUCAGAGAUCACUAAUGACCCCGAGACUGUGGACAAAGACUCGUUGUCUCUGAAAACUCGUAGCACGGAGGAACCAAGUGAGAGUGGUGUCUCUCAAGAAAAGACGCUGAAGAAGCCUGACAAAAUACUUCCAUGUCCUAGGUGUAAGAGCAUGGACACGAAGUUUUGCUACUUCAACAAUUACAAUGUCAAUCAACCCCGGCAUUUCUGUAAAAUAUGUCAGAGAUAUUGGACAGCUGGGGGAACAAUGAGAAACGUGCCCGUUGGUUCAGGUCGACGCAAGAAUAAAAAUGCUUCUGCUACAAAUUAUGGUCACAUAAUCGUUCCAGAUACCCUCCAAGCAGCCCAAGCUAUUGCUAUAACCGGGAUGCACUUUCCUUCUUUGAAACCUAAUAGCACUGUCCUUAUGUUUGGUUCAGAGAAUCCCCUUGGUGAAUCCAUGGCUUCUGCCAUGGAUCUUGCUGAGAGAUCACAAAAUUGUGUUGGAAAUGGAUUUUAUGGACGAGAAAACAGAAAUCCCGUCCACCAAGGGAGAAGAGAAAUAGGUAAGGAUCACUCGAGUAGAUCUUCUGGAAUUCCUGUGUCUUUGUAUCCAACAACGCCCAAUUGGGGCUGUACCGUACCAAACGGUUGGAGUUUGCCAUUUCUAUCCCAUCCGCCUAUGUCUGAUAGUUCUUUCCUAAGUAUCAAUCCUGCUCCUUCUACACUCGGUAAACAUUCUAGGGAUGGGAACAUACUUAGAUCACCAAACAUGGAGACAGGAGAUAUUUUCGAGAAAAAAAGUGCAGAGAGAUGUGUGUUGGUUCCUAAGACAUUAAGGUUUGAUGAUCCAAAUGUUGCCUCAAAGAGCUCUAUAUGGUCAUCACUUGGAAUCAAGAAUGAGAACAUUGAUUCAGCAGUACGCAUCUUUAGGACACUUCCUGCAAAGGGGGACCAGAAUAGCAACAUUGACAGUAAUUCUUUGGUGUUACAAGCUAAUCCAGCAGCUUUGUCCCGGUCACUUAACUUCCGCGAGAGUGCUUAA